AUGUCCCUUGACGAUGACCACGACGAUGUCCCACCGACGGACGCUGAGCCUGAGCCUCUUCAGGACGCGCUCAGUGAACCAAACUCAGAGACAGAAGCCGUGUCAGAGUCCAGAGAGCCCUUAUUUCUUGCUGGCAGUGACGAUGAGGGCGAACCGCUACUCGCUGAUGAUCCCAUGAAUGUCGAUGACACCCUGUCGCUCGACCCACCGCGUUCAUCCAGUCCACCUGCACCCGGCCCUUCAGCGCACGCCUCGGUCAAAUCUCUGUCACGCUCUCCUUCUAUUCGCGAAACUAGCCCUCCUCCUGCGAAGAGGCGCCGCCUCUCCCUACCACAGGUUAAAAAGCCGGUAUUCUCCUCGGCCUACGUCGGUACCUUUAUUAUUGGUAACGCCUGGGCCACUGCCAGGGGGAAAGGAUACAUCAAACCCGGAGAUGCUGUUCGGGUCGAGAUUGAUGCCGGGGAAGAUUCUAUGACCUCUUCCAAACAUACUUCGUCCAAACCCACCGGAGCAAAAGACAAGAGCAAGAAAAAGCAAACCACUUUGACGAGUGCUUUUCAGGCCAAGAACGCUAAACCCGUGAAGAAAAAGCUCACUACAAUCGUUCGGCUCACGAAUGAUCGUGGUUUUGAGUUUGGUCGUAUUCCUCAAGGAGAGGCUGAAUGGAUCUAUCCUCUGUUGGAACAAGGCAUCGUUGACUUUCGAGGAAGCUCAAUGGUAGAAUGCCCCGCAGAGCUCCGAUCUGGCAUGGACCUCGUAGUAUCGUUGUCCGUCAGGAUCAAAGCAUCAGCUUUCCAGAAGCCCAAGGUCUCGAACUCAGAGCCUCGCAAAACUAUGUUUGAUCAAGGCAAGGAGACGACGGAAGAGCAGACCUUGCGCGAGCGCAAGAAGGCCCUAGGUCGUCUGUUCCAAGCCGUAGGCUUGAAACCUACACGGGGAAACGACGCCUCCGAACUUGGCCUCCGUAAUGAGGUUAAUAAGCCUGACGAGCCUGUUCAGGUUGCGAAGACUAAGAGCACUGGCGACGAAGAAGAGGAAGAAGGGGAAGGGGAAGAAUUAUCCGAGGACGAGCUGAAUUCUAUAUACAAAAGAGCACAACAGAAUGAUCGAAAUAUGGCAGAGAUGGAGCCUUCCGAUAGCUUCGCUCUAACUUUGCGAGGUUACCAGAAGCAAGCACUAUGUUGGAUGCACUCUCUGGAAAACGGGCUUAUAUCUGCUCGUGAAGCUGCCUCUAUGCACCCUCUCUGGAAUGAGUAUCAUUUUCCGGUGGAGCCGAUCGGUGGAGUCAUCGACCUCACGGACGACGUUGAACAGCCACCAUUUUACUUCAAUUCAUACUCUGGAGAGCUGAGUUUGGAUUUCCCGAAAGCGGACCAGCAGUGCAGGGGCGGAAUACUUGCGUGCGUAUUGGGGAUGGGUAAAACCAUCAUGAUUUCGUCCCUCAUUCACACCAACCGCGGACCUGAUGCCACAUCGGUUCCUCCAUCUGGGCAACCCUCCAAACCUCGUCAACUGAAGCUCGACAGCGCUUUUCGUGCGCAAGCUCGAACGACCCCUGCCAAGCCUCCCAAAGGUCCAUGUGCCACCCUCAUCGUGGCACCGACAUCCUUGCUGAACCAGUGGGCAGAAGAACUCGAGCGUUGCAGUAAACCUGGAACCGUCAAGACACUAGUGUGGCACGGUCAGAACCGUUUGGAUCUGGAUACAGUUAUCGAAGCUGAGGAUGAGGGGACGGCCAACGUGGUCAUCACGUCCUACGGGGUUCUCGUGUCGGAACACUCGAAGGUGGACAAGUCGGGGAAGUUGACAUCUCCAAUUUUCACAGGCGAAUGGCUGCGUAUCGUGCUCGAUGAAGCCCACCAUUGCAAGUCCCGAACGAGCAAGGCAGCUAAGGCGGUCUUUGCUUUGGAGGCUCGUCGGCGCUGGGCUGUGACAGGCACUCCAAUUGUGAACCGAGUGGAAGAUCUUUUCUCGCUCUUAAAAUUCUUAAACUUCGCUCCCUGGUCUGAUUACGCCUUCUUUCGCUCCUUUAUCACAUUGCCCUUCCUUGCUCACGAUCCCAAGGCCAUCGAAGUCGUGCAAGUCAUCCUGGAAAGCGUUUUGCUACGCAGAGAGAAAACGUUCCGCGAUAGUGACGGCAACCGCAUUGUUGAGCUCCCGCCGAAGGAGAUUACUGUGGACACCUUGUCUUUCUCGAAAUCCGAACGAGACAUCUACGACUCCAUUUAUCAUUCCGCCAAGAAGGACUUCGAGCAACUAAGGGUGAAAGGCCUCGUCGGCAAGAAUUACUCGCAUAUAUUGGCCAUGCUUAUGCGAUUGCGUCGAGCGGUUCUUCAUCCUAGCCUCGUCCUGUCUGACGACGACGAAGAGAAUCAGCCAACCGCCUCUGGACCAGUCGAUGUAGACAGUAUGAUCGAAAAGUUCACACAGUCUACUAGUGACAGCAAAGGCGAUGAAUCAACCCCGGCCGCUCCUGGUAACACUUUCGCAGAGGGCGUCCUUAACAAUUUAUCGAACAAUGGUGAGGAAGCGGAAUGUCCUCUAUGCAUGGAUGUGAUGGAUCACCCGAUGAUGUUUCCUGAGUGCAUGCAUCAAUGUUGCAAGGACUGUGUAGCUGGAUACUUCGAGACAAGCUUGGCGAAAGGAGACUCUGUAUGUUGUCCGAGCUGUAAUCGCGGGCCUGUAAAGGAGAAAGAUAUGCUGGAAGUCUUCCGACCACGAAAAGCGAAAGUUACCGUCUCGCAGCCUAGCUCUCAGGUCUCAGUCCCCGAUGUGAUCAUCCGUCGCAACGAUUUCCGUUCUUCCACGAAACUCGAUGCCCUACUCCAAAAUCUUCGUCGCCUCCAGGACCAAGAUCCUUGCUUCCGCGCGGUCGUGUUCAGCCAAUUCACCUCCUUCCUUGAUUUGAUUGGCACAGCGCUCGAACGCGAGCACAUCACAUUCUGUCGUUUCGACGGUACGAUGGAUAUGAAGAAGAAGAGCGCAGCCGUCGCUGAGUUCAAAGCGCCGUCGAGGAGACCGAAAGUGCUGAUCAUUAGUUUGAAGGCAGGGGGUGUGGGUUUGAAUUUGACCACGGCUAAUCAUGUAUUCAUGAUGGACUGCUGGUGGAACGCUGCCAUCGAGAACCAAGCCAUCGACCGCGUUCACCGUAUCGGUCAAGAAAAGACCGUAUAUGUCACGCACUUCAUCGUCGAAGACACGAUCGAAGGCCGCAUCCUCCAGAUUCAGAAACGCAAGACAGCGCUCGUAAAGGAAGCGUUCCGCGGGACUCAGGCGAAGGAUAAGGGAACUGCGGCAGACCCGGAGAGCAUCCAGAAUUUGAAACUCAUGUUCGGAGACUAA